AUGCCUAGAAAGAAGUCCGCGGCUAAAAAAGCCAAAGAAACCUCUAAGAAGCUUUCUUUGGAGUCUCAAACGAAAGAUUUGACUUCAAAAACGCAAGACUCAGGUGCAGAGAUAUCAAAAAUUGAUGGACCCGGUCCCAACCACAGUGACGACAGCAGCGAUUCCUCAAGCUCAGAUGAAGACGACUUCGGCGAACUAGUCACGGAAGAAGUUGAAGAUGGCAUUAACAAAGUCCUAGCAGCCAUCAAGAACAACGACCAACAACUUUUCGACCCAUCAGUUCGUUUCUUCGAAGAUCCAGAGAAAGCGGCCGCUAAACUUUCCAAACAGUCCAAGGAGAAGCCUGUGUAUUUGAAAGAUUACCACAGAAUGAAUAUCCUAUCCGGGGAAACCUUCAAAGAUGAUGAAGACGAAGAACAAAUGGAAACCGUGGACGGAAAGCAGUCCUUUGCGUCACAACAAAAGGAAGAGAAAGCCAAACUCUUGGACGAAAUCAAAGACCAAUUCAAAAACGAUGGUAGCAACGACGAGGAUGAAGAAAAUGACGACGAUUUCCUAGUCAAAAAAGCGCCAGCAAAACGUGAAAGACGCACCGAAAGAAUUCUACCUAAUCCAGAGGUGAAUGACGAGGGAUUUCUGGAGGCAUUCGUGAGCAAACAUGCGUGGAUACCGCAAAAAGGUGACAGGGUUGUCGAAUUGGACGGACCAGGCAUGGAGGAGGAUGAUGAGGAGUUUGACGAUGCCGCCGAACAAUUUGAAAACGCUUAUAAUUUCCGUUACGAGGAUCCUAAUGCUGCAGAAAUUGUCUCAUAUGCUCGUAAUCAAGCUACAUUGAGAAGAACAGCCAACAAUUCUCGUAGACGCAAGAGAGAAGAUGAGAAACAGGAACUCACAGCUGAGAAGAAGGAGAAAGAGGCAGCGGUCCAAAAGAAGAAAACCGAGAAAGUCAACAAACUCACAGAUGUCUUGGAGCAAGUAAAAAAAGAGUAUGGUGCAGAUAUUGAUGAAGCCAUGGUCAAGAAACUCACUAGUGCAUUGAUGAACGGUGAUUUCGAAGACAACCAGUGGGACGCUGUGAUUGGGGAACUUUUCAACGAAGAAUACUACAACCAAGAAAGCAAGCCAACCUGGGAUGAGAAUGACGAAAUAAUGGGCGAUUUCUACGGUGAGAAUGCUGCUGAAGAAGAAAGCGAUGGCGAUGCGGAACCCGAGAAGAAGAAAUCGAGAAAAGAGAAGAAAAAGGAGAAAUCAUCCAAAAAGCAAGAUAAAAAAAAGGUAGCUGAAAUGGUAGAAAAAGCUGUUGAAAACGAAAAAGUGGCGCUUGUUGAUGAAGUGGAAGAGGAGAGAAAGUCGCGCUCUAGAACCAAGGAUGGUGAGGAAGUCAAAUUCCGCUACAGAGAGGUUUCUCCUGAAUCUUUCGGGCUUACACAUAGAGAAAUUUUCGAAGCUGAUGACGCAGACCUGAACGAGUUCAUCGGUUUGAAAAAAUUCGCGCCUUACAGAGCCAAAGAACUGAGAGCUAAGGACCGCAGGAAAGUCACCAAGAGUAGGCGUGUUAGAGAUUGGAAGAAGAAAGUGUUUGGUAAAGAGGACGGGCUAGGAGAUGUCGAGGCUUCUGAGGCCGGUAAUGAAGUCAAAAAGCAUAACAAGAAAAAGAGAAGCAAUUCGGAUGGUCAAUAG